AUGAAUUACAAGACUCAAAAUAUUCAAAACCAAUACAUCAACCGUUUUUUGAGCAUAACGAAGAACAAAUAUUCAAUAUCAAUUAUUGGAGUUGUGAUAACAUUAAUCAUUUUAAUAAAUUUCAUAGUACAAGUUGUAUUGGGUCAACUCUAUGUUCCAAAUUUUUCAAGUGUUCCAUCUGUUGAUUUUUUCGAUUUGAAAAACUAUGAAGGUUUAUCAGAUGGUUGGCAACAUGAAGAACGUGUGUUGUUUUGUGUCCCAUUGAGAGAUGCUGCUGCUCAUUUACCAAUGUUUUUCGGUCAUAUGAAAAAUUUAACUUAUCCUCAUAAUUUAAUUGAUUUAUCAUUUUUAGUUUCUGAUUCUUCAGAUGAUACAAUGGAAGUUUUAAAACAAAACUUAAAAGAUAUUCAAACAGAUUCAAAUAAAGCUAUGAGAUUUGGAGAAAUUGAAAUUUUCGAAAAAGAUUUUGGUCAAGUUAUUGGCCAAGGUUUUAGUGAUCGUCAUGGUUUUGAAGCUCAAGGUCCAAGAAGAAAAUUAAUGGCUAGAGCAAGAAAUUGGUUAUGGACUGUUAGUGUUAAACCUUAUCAUUCCUGGGUUUAUUGGAGAGAUGCUGAUGUGGAAACUGUUCCUCCAACUAUUUUAGAAGAUUUAAUGCAUCAUGGUAAAGAUGUUAUUGUUCCAAAUGUUUGGAGACCUCUACCUGAUUGGUUGGGAAAUCAACAGCCUUAUGAUUUGAAUUCAUGGCAAGAAAGUGAAGGUGGUUUACAACUGGCUAAAACACUUGGUGAAGAUGCUGUUAUUGUGGAAGGUUAUGUUGAGUAUGCAACUUGGAGACCUCAUUUAGCUUAUUUAAGAGAUCCAUAUGGUGAUCCAGAAGUUGAAAUGGAUUUAGAUGGUAUUGGAGGUGUUUCGAUCUUGGCUAGAGCUAAAGUUUUCAAAACUGGUGCCGGAUUCCCAGCUUUUUCAUUUGAAAAACAUGCCGAAACUGAAGCAUUUGGUAAAUUAUGUAAAAGAAUGGGCUAUUCAGUUGCUGGUUUACCUCAUUAUGUUAUAUGGCAUAUUUAUGAACCUUCUUCUGAUGAUUUGAAACAUAUGGAAUGGAUGGCUAAAGAAGAAGCUAGACAAUUGGAAGAAUCAAAAUUAAAACAAUUUUAUGAUAAAAUUUGGUCUGAAGGUUUUGAAGAUGUUCGUGAAGAUUGGAAAAAUGAUCGUAUAAAUAUUUUUAAAAACACAGAUACCAACAAAAUUAAGAAUGUUAAAGUUGAUUGGUCUGAUGCUGAUAAUUUCCAAUAUAAAAGCCCGUUAGGUAAGGAUAAAGAUAAAGUUUUAGCCGCAUUUGAUCCUUCAAGUUAG